AUGACUCACGAAAUCAAGAACGUCGCUAUUGCCGGUGCGUCUGGCAGUCUGGGCUCGCACAUUUUGCAAGCUGUGGUGAAAGCUGGUCGUUUUAACGUGACCAUUCUCACUCGAAAGGUCAUUGACAAUGUACCCUCUGGAACUGCAGUCAAGGUAGUUGAUUACGAGUCAGCUUCAGACUUGGCGUCCGCCCUAAAGGGCCAGGAUGCACUGGUUGACGCCACGUCUGUGCCUGAUCCUAGCUUGGCUAUCCGCUUAAUGGAUGCGGCCGUUUCAGCCGGCGUCUACCGGAUUGUCCCGUCCGAAUUCAGCUCCGACCCAACAAAUUGUAAAGGGCGAAGCCUACCGCCUUUUCAAGGCAAGGCUAAGGCCCUGGAGUAUGUCCAGAAGCUUGCGGACACUGGCAAGAUCACCUGGACGGUCAUUUCCAACCACGCUUUCCUGGAUUGGGGUCUGCGUAUGUCAUUUUUCGGCGUCGACCUUCAGAACAAAAACAUUAAGUAUCUCAAGCCGGGUACCACCGUCAUCCCCAUGACGACACUUAAAUCAGUGGGAACUGCUGUCGCAAAUGCUCUCAUCAAGGCCGAGAACACGAAGAAUCGUAUUUGUUACAUUUGCAGCACACAGAAGACGCAGAAGGAUCUGACCGAACUUUCCAAGCAGGCGUUGGGCGAGGAAGAUUGGAAAUCAGAGGAUGUUAAUACUGAGGAUGCAUUCAACAAGGCAAUGGCUAAGCUGCAAGCUGGUCAGGCGGAUAUGCAGGUCAUUGGUGACAUCAUCCGUUUCUCGAUCUCUACUCCGGGCUACAUUAAUAGGCUCGAGAAGACGGAUAACGAUCUGUUGGGCGUCAAGACCUUGAGUGAUGAGGAAGUCAAAAAGAUUAUUCGAAGAUCUUAUGAGUUCAAGCGACCCCAUGCAGGGGCCUGUUACCUUACCAUCGGGCCGCUGUACUUUUGGUCUGGUGAUUCCGGGUCCUAUCUGGCACAUCGUCUCACUAAGGCCGCUCUGACACACGGGCUGUACAGUAUAUUAUCUAGCUAG